GAGUGCAUUUCCAUCCACAUCGGGCAGGCCGGGGUGCAGAUGGGCAAUGCCUGCUGGGAGCUGUAUUGCCUGGAGCACGGCAUCCAGGCCGAUGGGACCAUCCCCGGCUCCAAGCAGGUGAAAUCCAUGGAUCCCAGCUCCGAGCAGGUGGAUUCCUCCUUCGAGACCUUCUUCUGUGAGACAGCCUCUGGCAAGCACGUGCCCCGGGCCGUGUUCAUUGACCUGGAGCCCACUGUCAUUGAUGAGAUCAGGACGGGGCCCUACCACGGGCUCUUCCACCCGGAGCAGCUCAUCAGCGGCAAGGAGGACGCUGCCAACAACUACGCCCGCGGGCACUACACCAUCGGCAAGGAGAUCAUCGACACCGUGCUCAGCCGCAUCCGCAAAAUGGCUGACCAGUGCAGUGGACUCCAAGGCUUCCUGGUCUUCCACAGCUUUGGAGGAGGCACCGGCUCCGGCUUCACCUCGCUCCUCAUGGAGCGGCUCUCCGUGGAGUACAGCAAGAAGUCCAAGCUGGAGUUCUCGGUGUACCCGGCCCCGCAGGUGUCCACGGCCGUGGUGGAGCCCUACAACUCCAUCCUGACCACGCACACCACGCUGGAGCACUCGGACUGCUCCUUCAUGGUGGACAACGAGGCCAUCUACGACAUCUGCCACCGCAACCUGGACAUCGAGCGCCCCACCUACACCAACCUCAACCGCCUGAUCGGCCAGAUCGUCUCCUCGGUCACGGCCUCGCUGCGCUUCAACGGCGCCCUCAACGUGGACCUCAUCGAGUUCCAGACCAACCUGGUGCCCUACCCGCGCAUCCACUUCCCGCUCACCACCUACGCGCCCAUCGUCUCGGCGGAGAAGGCCUACCACGAGCAGCUCUCCGUGCCCGAGAUCACCAACGCCUGCUUCGAGUUCUCCAACCAGAUGGUCAAGUGCGACCCUCGCCGCGGCAAGUACAUGGCGUGCUGCCUGCUCUACCGCGGGGACGUUGUCCCCAAGGACGUCAACGCCGCCAUCGCCGCCAUCAAGACGCGCCGCUCCAUCCAGUUCGUGGACUGGUGCCCCACCGGUUUCAAGGUGGGCAUCAACUACCAGCCGCCCACGGUGGUGCCCGGGGGGGACCUGGCCAAGGUGCAGAGGGCUGUGUGCAUGCUGAGCAACACCACGGCCAUCGCCGAGGCCUGGGCCCGCCUGGACCACAAGUUUGACCUGAUGUACGCCAAGCGCGCCUUCGUGCACUGGUACGUGGGGGAGGGCAUGGAGGAGGGCGAGUUCUCCGAGGCCAGGGAGGACCUGGCGGCCCUGGAGAAGGAUUAUGAGGAGGUUGGAAGGGACUCGGCGGACGGGGAGGAGGAUGAGGGUGAGGAGGAUGAGUACUGA